AUGUCCAAAGCUCUCAGUCACGCCAAGAUCGUACCCCGCCGCUCCAGCGAGCGCGGUCAUUCCGACCAUGGCUGGCUGAACACCUACCAUACCUUCAGCUUCGCCAACUACUACGAUCCGCGCUUCGAGAACUUCGGGAGCCUGCGCGUGCUCAACGAGGACCGCGUCGCGGCGGGCACCGGCUUCCCUACACAUCCCCACCGCGAUGCGGAAAUCUUCAGCUAUAUCCUGAGCGGCGAGUUGACGCACCGCGAUAGCAUGGUCAAGAAGGGCGCCGAGGGUUCUCAGGGCGAUGAUUUCUACAGGAUGAAGAGGGGAGAUGUGCAGUUUACUACUGGCGGAAGAGGAAUCGCACAUUCCGAAGGCAACGAGUCCAACGAAACCGUCCACUUCCUCCAAAUCUGGGCCCUUCCAUGGGCCCGCGGCCUCACCCCCCGCUACCAUACCCGCACUUUCGACGAGGCCGCAAAACGCACCGCAUUCCUCCCCAUCCUCUCGCCCCUCAAGGCCGGGCCCGGCGCCUCCGCCGCCGAAGAAGAAGCCGCCGAGCCCACGCUCAAGGACACGAUCCCCAUCCACGCGGAUUUCGUCAUGGCGGCCGGCAUCAUCGGCGUCGACAAGCGCUUCAAAUGGACGGUGGGCGGCGACGCCGUGAGGAAGAUGACGAACCGCAACGUCUACGUGCACCUCCCGAUGUGCAAGAAUGGGAGCGCGAAGAUCAGGAUUGCGGGCAGGGAGGAUGCGGUGCUGGCCGAGGGCGAUGGAGCCUUCGUGUCGGGCGUGAAUGCCGGGGAUGUAUUGAGUAUUGAGAGUAUUGGGGAGGCGGAGGCGGAAGUCGUGGUUCUGGAUAGUGAUUAG